CAUCUGUUCCAGCUGUCUGGGGAACGGGUUUCAGUUGAGUUGAGACGGAACCGGCUCUCGGUACCAUGAGGUGGACCCAGCUGAUCAGGAUGGUUCUCUGUGCAGCGGCCUGUCUCCACCCUGUCUCCACUGCAGGCUGUGAAGGAGACGACUGCGGCAGAGGCCAGACCCCCUCUUCCUCUUCCUCUUCCACCUCCUCCUCCUCCUCCUCCUCUGUAUCUCCCUCUUUAUCUUCUUCUGUGGUGGUGAAAUCCCAGCAGCCCUCCCAGGACUUCCUGGGCCAGUUGACCCAGGUGAGCUCGGCAAACAGCGGAGACCGUAAACACCGCGACGCCAGCGCCGUCCUGCCCUUCAUCGGCCUCACGGGCAGUGCUGAGCAGAGUCGCAGCUGCUGCAAGAACGGAGGAACCUGUAUCCUGGGCAGCUUCUGCGCCUGCCCUCCGUUCUUCACGGGAAGGAGCUGCGAGUACGACCAACGCAUCAGGAGCUGUGGUUCCAUCCCUCACGGAGAAUGGGUCCAGAAAGGAUGCUCCUACUGUCGCUGCGGUUACGGCGUUCUGCACUGCUUCCCCGACGUCUUCCAUAAAGACUGUGAUGAUUCAGAGGAGGUACUUUGGUAUCGCUCGUCAGCUGUCAGGACAGUUCGGCCUGGUUGCUUCCUCUAUCUGGUGCUGCUUCUUCCCCUGCCUCUCCUCCUCUGAUGUUUAGAAAAUAACAACAUGAUUCUGGACACCUCCACCAGGAUUCAUGUGAAACACUGAGCUGUGCACUAUGCAGGAUUUCUCAAGCUGUUUCUUGGAUUUUAAACUCUGGAGUUAGAGUUUUAGGGGAACUUCUACAAUAUUCUGGUUUAGGGGGACCCUUUGCAAUGUUCUACUUUAGGGGGACUCUCUGCGAUGUUGUAGUUUAGGGGACCCUCUGCAAUAUUGUGACUUUGGGAGACCCUCUACGAUAUUGUGGUUUACGAGAACCUUCUUAGUAGUGGUUUAUGGGGACGUACCUCAGGAGUUCUUCUGUGCUAAACUGAGCUGUUCAUUGCUGCGUCCCGUUCAGACUCAAACACAUCUGAAAGAGGAGCCCAUGAUAUGUUUUAGGAUCUUUUUGAGGACUGAAGGUUGAAUUGACUUGAACCGUGUCACUGGACCAACUUUAACGUUUUCAAGAAUCCAGUAAAAUGUUUAUUUAACCAAGGAAAGUUGCAGUAGGAUCUGAACUAAUUCCAGUUUUCACAUUGCAGGUCUUGUAUGAGAUACUUCACAAUGUGUGUAAAUAUCUUUAAAAUGCAUCACUCCGCUUGCCGAUUAGAAGACUUUAGGCUCCAGCUUCACACAUAAACUGUGUCUCUGAACAGUUUCACGGUGAAUGCAUCAGAGACUGGGGUCCAAACUCGUGUCUUUAAACCUUUCUGUCCGAUGAGACGUCAUCUGUGAGUCUAUGGUGUCCUGAAGAACAAAGUGUAUAUGAAGGAAGCUGUACAUAAGAUUUUUAUGCUAAGUACGUUUUUGUUUUGUAAUUCAUGGCUCUGUAACUUAAAUGUGAUUUAUCUUUUUUCUUUGUAAAAGAAGAUAUUUUCUUGUUUUUAACCUUUGUCUUCUUUCUGUUUGCACAAACUGUGAGCCGAUGUGACAUUAUGUCCUGCGAAUAUA